AAUAUGGUGAUUGGUGUUUCAAGACUUUGUCCCCAAACUAUAGCCCACAUGCAAUCAUUUAUUCAGUGUACAUAUAACCACCCUUUCUUUACCUGUAUGAAAGUUAUUUUGUAUAAUAAUUAUUUUAUCCAAUUAUUUUUUCUGUUUUCUCUGACUUGCACUUUUUGAAUAUCCUGAGCUGCGACCUCUGUGAGAUAUAUAGAUCUAAUUUGUCUUCAGUGUUUUGACAAAUGGAAUCUGGAAUUUGAUCUGUGAAACCUGAUAUUGAGGGAACUUCAUCAGUCACACCUUUUAAAAUGGACACCAAAUAUUUCACAGGAUCUUAAAGUGACCAAAGGUGUCUCUCACGAGCGGAACUGGUUCUACCACUUUGCCUGAGGUGACUCACGGUCGGAGAUCCAACAGAACCAAUAUGUUGUGGAAUGUACCCACACAACUCACACCUAAGAGGCUCCUCGACUUAUUCUUGUUUUUGCUAGCUCGGUUUCAUUCAAGCUUUCUAGCCCUAUUCAUCUUUUUUUUUUUUUUUUUACUUGUUUCACUUCUUUUUUUCCACACUCAUUUCUAGAGUCUUCUUAUAUUCAUCCUUUUAUUCUUUGCCAGGGGUUCACCUCUGUUACUGUACCUCAUGACUCAGUCUCGCUCUUCUAUCUUUAUCUGACUGACUAUGACCUUUUGAAGAGGCCGAGAUACAGAAUUGGAAACCAUUCUCUACCUGUCGCACUAUUCUGAACAAGUGUCACACACCCCACUCUCGUCAACAUCGCCAUGGCAACCACACACACCUCCACUGCCACCUAUAAGUGUGUCACCGUGGCCGGCUAAAGAAAUGACUGGGAUGCUGCCAGGAAUUUACGUGAAGAAUGUGACCUGACACACACUGACAGUCCGGGUUGGCACUCUCUACACCAUCAGACUCACUCACGGUCAAUUCCACUGGACAGUUAAGAGAAAGUACAAGCACUUCCAGGAGCUGCACCGCGACCUCUACAAACACCGGAUGAUGAUUCACUUCCUGCCGAUCGGACGAUUUUCAAAGGAGCGACAGCAGCUCAGAACCAUGUCAGAGGAAAUGCCCAGCCUGCAUGGGACUGACCGCAACAGACGGGCCUCCAGCAAAAAUAAAUACCUGGAGGAGUAUCUCAACGGCCUUCUGGAGAACCGAUUCUGCAGAAACGACCAUAGCAUGCUGGAGUUCCUCUCUGUCGGGGCUUUGUCGUUCAUCACGGAUCUCGGACCUAAAGGCCUUGAAGGGCCCAUCUCCAAGAGGUCAGGAGGUCACCGAAUUCAGGGCCUCAACUGUUUCGGCCAUCACCAAGUGUGCUUCCGCUGGUCAAAGCGCUGGCUGGUGGUGAAGGACUCCUUCCUCAUGUACAUGGACCGGGACAAUGGCAGCAUCAACUUUGUGCUGCUGUACGACCCCGAGUUCAAGGUGAAAGUGGGACGAGCAUACACGGACACCAAAUAUGGAGUCUGCUUUGAGAACUUCACCCGAAAUCUGGUCAUCAAAUGCAGCAGCUACAGGCAAGCUCACUGGUGGAGUCACGAGAUCAACAGUCUGGCGGAAAACUGUGACUAUCUGAAAGUGCAGCGCUUUGAGGGAUUCGCUCCACCUCGGGACAACAUGCUCACCAAGUGGUAUGUGAAUGGAAGUGGCUACUUUUCCGACCUGGCGGAUGCUCUUGAGCAAGCCAAGGAAGAAAUCUUCAUCACAGACUGGUGGCUCAGCCCAGAAGUCUUUCUGAAGAGGCCUGCGACCGACAACUACUGGCGCUUGGAUCAGAUUCUCAAACGCAAAGCAGAACAAGGAGUCAAGGUGUGUGUGUUGCUCUACAAAGAAGUGGAGCUUGCUCUUGGCAUCAACAGUGAACACAGCAAGCGGACUCUCAUGGACAUGCACCCCAACAUCAAGGUGAUGAGGCAUCCUGACCAUGUCUCCUCUGUGGUUGUCCUCUGGGCUCACCACGAGAAGAUGGUGGCUAUCGACCAGACCGUGGCCUUUGUCGGGGGGCUGGACUUGGCUUUUGGGAGGUGGGACAACAGCAAGUACGACCUAACUGACCUUGGGUUGAAUCAGGCCGACAAUGAUCCCACUGAGGUGGACUCAAGUACAGGAAAGGGGGAGAAUGGCGUUUCAGAUGCGUCAGAGAAAAUGGGACCAGAUGUGUCUUUGAAACCUGAAGAUCUGAAGGGGAACUCUAAACUCUGGCUCGGCAAAGACUACAGUAACUUUAUCAAGAGGGACUGGGUCCAACUCGACCGCCCUUUUGAAGAUAACAUUGACCGCACUCGUAUACCCCGCAUGCCUUGGCGAGAUCUUCACGCAGCUAUUCAUGGAAAAUCAGCCAGAGAUUUAUCUCGACACUUCAUCCAACGGUGGAACUUCACUAAGAUCUUCAAAAUCAAGUACAAGGAUGAUUUCUAUCCGUACCUCCUCCCAAAGUCUCACUGUACUGCUGACUCACUGCCGUUCACCGUGCCGGGCUCCCAGAAGGCCAGAGUGCAGGUGUUGCGCUCGGCUGAUCGCUGGUCCACAGGAACGUGCGAGAACUCCAUCCUCAAAGCCUACAUCCACACCAUCGAGAACAGUGAGCACUUCAUCUACAUCGAGAACCAGUUCUUCAUCAGCUGUGCCGACGACAAGACCGUCUACAACGGCAUCGGGGACGCCAUCGUCAACCGCAUCCUGCGCGCUCACAGAGAGCAGAAGAAGUACCGCGUGUACAUAGUGAUUCCUCUGCUGCCUGGGUUUGAGGGCGACAUCGACUCGGGAGGAGGGAACGCCAUACGAGCCAUUUUGCAUUUCACAUACAGGACUAUCAGUCGAGGAGAGCACUCCAUCCUGUCCAGACUGGCUGAAGUGGAGGACCAUUGGAUGGAGUACAUCACAUUCUGCAGCCUGAGAACUCACUCCACUCUGGCUGAGUCACUCAUCACCGAACUCAUCUACGUUCACAGCAAGACCCUCAUUGCUGACGACCGCUGCUACAUUAUCGGCUCCGCCAACAUCAACGACCGCAGCAUGCUGGGCAGCAGGGACAGCGAGCUGGCUGUGUUUGUGGAGGACCAGGAGAGAGUCCCGUCCGUCAUGGGCAGUCAGGAGUACCAGGCGGGUCCACUCACGCUCGCCCUGCGCAAGGAGUGCUUCAGAGUUCUGGUCGGAGCCGAUUCGGACCCGAGCAUCAACAUUGACGACCCGAUCAGUGACGAGUUCUUUUUCAUGGUCUGGAAUUCUACUGCCAAACUGAACGCGCUCAUCUAUGACAAGGUGUUCCGGUGUCCACCGUGCAACAGCAUCCACAACAUGGCCCUGCUGAAGGAGUACACCACCAAAGAUCGACUCUGUGAUUCGGACCCGGAUCAGGCGAGGAAAGAGCUGGAGCGGGUCCAGGGGCUGGUGGUCCACUUCCCCCUCAAGUUCCUGAUCGAGGAGAACCUGCUGCCUCCACUCAACACCAAGGAAGGGAUGGUGCCCGUGGGCCUGUGGACGUAACCAGAACCGAGCUCAGAACAAAACCGCUUGUGUGUCGAUUCAACUUCACUUCUUCUAAUCUCAAUCCUGAACAGCCAGAGAGCACAAAGUCCAGACCGGCGGUCCACUCCAUUGGGGAACAGAAUGUACAGUUCUGAGGCUGUUUUGGGUAGGUGGGCGGCUCUCGUCUCGAACACCCUCCUCCUCUGAGGCCUCACCUCUCGCUGCAUUGCCAGCAAAUCUGUCAGAAAUAUUGUGGUUGUUAUGGCGACAGAUUUAAAGCAGCGACUGGAUUCUAGCUGGAGAAAGCUGCUGAUCACUUGAAUUUCCUAAUGUGAUCACAUCAAGAAGCACAGGCGCCACUACGACACACUAGAGUGUGGAAUACACACCACGACAGAAUCCUCGUUUCCAUCCUGAUCCAGCCUUUUAGACAGAAACUCACCGUUUGGUUUUCAGCUGACACAGUGUGUCUGUGAGUUUCAAUCAAGUCAUUUGGUUUCUGAAACUUGUGAAAUUGACCCAGUGAUAUCUUGAGAUUCACAAACUCCAGUGAUCGAUCUGCAGCUCCACUAUGAGUCUUUGACAGGUGACUGAGCAUCUUUAAAGGGGGAUGCCACUCGCCUCGUCUCGUAUGUCUGUGAUGUGUUCUAUAUUCUCACCUCUGUCCCCUCACUCGAGAACUUCAUCUCUCUUCUAAUAUUGGGACUCUGACUUCAUCUAGCAUCAUUUUUUACGGGUUAUGCCUGUUUUUAAGCCCUACUUCUUCUUCAUGACCUCCACCAGGGAGGCUAUGUUUUUGGACGCCUUCCAUCCAUCUGGAUCCUGCUACCAGGGUCCACCAUGAACUGCCAGUCUACAACUGGCAGGAAAUUGUUACUAGUGUUUUAACAAUAGUUUAUUAACUCUAAAAUCUUCUAAGAAUAAGCUGUUUUUUUAGCUGUGUAAUUCUAACAUUUAACCUUCUAAAUAAUCUCUUCAUAAGAUACGUACUGCAUCAUGCGACACAUAUACGUGGAUCAACUAGAUCAUUUUGACCACAUAGCUAGUAUUGUUGUCAGAAAAGUGUCUGACCUGCAUAUGCAGAAGUUAGUUAGUAUCCAGUAUGUUUGCGAGACCAUUUAGAUGCGACAGUUAUCGUCAUGUGUGCAUACCUUUUCAGUCAUGUGACCCACCCCACAAAUGCUAACCUCUUCGCUCUAGUUUGUCUUUGUUGUCGUCUUUGUCUCUUUUGUUGAUCGGAUAUGUUUCAUCGAGAGUUGCCAAAGCAAGUCCCAUCAACCCCAGUCAUACCUGUCGUCCUCAUGUCUUCAUUCACCAUCAACAACCUUCGUCCAACACUGUGUUGUCUAAAGAUUAAUUUUUGUGUGGACCUUAUUGUGGAAAUAACAAACCUGUCCUGCGUGUUCAAGCACACUUUGAAUGUGAUGCUUUGUCAUGGACCAGAAUUCACUGUUAUUUAGGAAACUACUGUGGAACUCUGAGGGAACGCCACUAUGAGCCUUCAAUUGUAGCCUUGAGUGUAAAAGAAUGGGACACACUGCCUUGUGUUUUCUCUUAAAUUGUAGACGCACAAGUGUGUAAUAACCAGGACUAUUUUAGGAACUCCUCGGUUCAGUUUGAGCCAGGCAUGUUUUUUUUUCUGGGAGGAAGAGCUAUCCAAAGCAGAAGAUUUUUUUUUUAAAUAUUUUCCCAUUGUGAUAGAAAACAUAACAUGUGAGUACUUCAUUGGUACUAGACCAAGUGCAGUAAAUGUUAAAAGAUUGACAUUGAGAGAGGAAGCUGUUCAAUGUCCAAUUGUUGUUUGUCUCGUUGCUUUAAUAUGAUGUCAUCCUCCUGCUGGAACUGCCAAAGAAAACUCAUCUUACUUCAUGUUUCCUGGCCACUAGGGGGCGCAUUAUUCGCAGUGAGAGUGAGACGGUAACAUGUAACUAUGCAGUCUGUUAUGCUUGUAAGAAAAUCACAACCCACCUCCUCCCAUGCUCCUCCUCAGUUUGUCAAUAAGUUAAUGUAAAAAAAAAGUCAUUGGUUAUUUGAGGACCAGAUUAAGUACCGACCUGUCUAACACUAUCUAACACUUGGGAGGACAGUCACAGUACAAUUACACAAGGCUUGUUCCUAAAAUAUGUUUUCCAUCUUAAUAAAAA